UCAAGCCACAAAAGCCAAAGCACCAGACUGUGGGGUCACAUCGAGUAAAAAUGCAGUUCAAGCUUGCAUGCACUGGCCGCCACGCGCUCCGGCUACGCAGCCCGCAGGCUUCCGCCGUGCCACCUCGGCAAUGUGCGGAGCAGCAGCACCGACGCAUAAACGUGCUGCAGUGCCUGAGCGCUUCAACAGACCCAACUUCACUUGAGCAGCUUGCGGCGCGGCCAGCCCCAGAACAUGACGCCGCGGCCGCGCAAAUGCAGCGCGUGGCUGCAGCGGUGCCGCUCUCACGACGCACCCUGCUCGCUCUCGCGUCCAUGGCCGUCGCCGUGGCCGCGCAGCAAUUGGGCCCUGCCAGCACCGCUCGUGCAGAAGAGGCUUCUGCUGUGGCCGCCAGCACCAGCGGCGCCGAGCAGGCGGCGGCCCCGGGGCCGUUGACGCAGUACAACAACACCGCCCAGAAGUACCAACUGCUUGUGCCGGCCAGCUGGGAGUCCAAGGGGAAAGCGGGCGCCGACGCGCUGUUUGAGGACCCUGCGCGGCGCUCCACGAGUGUGGGCGUGACGGUGAACCCGGUCAAGGUGGCGUCCAUCGACAAGUUCGGGUCGCUGGCGGAGGUGGGCGACAAGCUGCUGGAGGCGGAGAAGAAGAAGGAGAGCACGCUGGCCGUGUCGCUGGUGUCUAGCUCGGAACGGCAGGGCGGCGCCGGUGCCAAGCUGUACGAGUACGAGUACGAGCUGGACAGCACCCGCGGCCGCAAGCGCAUCCUCAACACAGUGACCAUAUUCAACUCCAGGCUAUACAUCCUAAACGCGGCAUACAAGUGCGAGAAGGAGGCGUGCGGCGAGGAGUCCCUGGCGGGUGUGCAGCUGCUGCGGCGCGUGGCGGCCACGUUUGACGUGCAGCCGUAGAAGAGCCAACAGGAGGUCUGGAGCCCUAGAUGCCUAGAUGUCAUAUUGAUGGCGGAUGUGGCUUUGGCUGAGAAAGGGAAGCUGUACGGAGGUACAUGCGGGAGGGCGAGGACUGGAGCUGUCUGGGGGGCAGAGCUGGAGGGGUGGUACGGCGCUGGGACACGCUGCCUCCUGCUGAUCCCGCGCCCCUGGGCAGUCAGGCUGCGUGGGUGCUGGCGCAUGGUUGGCAUGGGGUCUUGGAGUGAACGUCCAUCUAUUGAUACAUGUAGCUCUCUCGGGCAGAGUGACGCGGAGUUUGGUCCACCCCUCAGUUCACCACUUCACCCAUAUCCGUGCAUGGCGAGCAUGGUGAUCGUACGUGGCAUGGGGCUGUCAGGCCACGAACAAGCAAGCAUUCGCUACAGUUUAAUUUAUUACAUAUGUAAAGUGACGAAGAC